AGUCCAGAGGCUUUGCUUCGACCUCGUCUCCACCGCUCCGGUCUCCACCUCGUCUUCCCCAAUCCGUAGUUCCCUUCGAGGCUUCGCCUUGACCUUUCGUCCUUCCCUCCCGGCUCUCGCUCGAUCGAUUCUUACCAAAAGUAUCACAUCUGCCCUCAUUUACACUGCUGCUGAUUUAACAUCUCAGUUAUUGGACAAAUGUCUAAAGGGCUUAUCUGGGCAACAACAGAGGAUUUGGCAAGAAAUAGGGGAAAGGUUCUUUCACUGUAUCGACAAGUACUGAGGAGCCUGAAUUCUCCCGAUUUGCCUUUAAAUUUAGCAGCAAGAUUGCACAGGAAAGCACAAGCACGAGCCAUUUUCAUGGUGGCCGCUGAAGAGCGUUCCAUCCACAACAUUAAAGAUCUGAUGGAUAUAGCUGACUACUCUUUAUCCCUCUUGAGAAAAGGAGAAAUCCCUAAAUACAUUCAGUGAAAAUUUCGUAUCCUAAUCUUAAAGAUUUGAUUGAUAUAAGUCGCCAGGUUCGAGUCUCCGUUACUGAGGAUUUUAUUGGUUGUUAUCUUCAGAGCCCAUGAUAUCAGUCGAGGUGCAACCCUAGGGAUACCAAAAUAUUAUUCAAUAUGUUCUUAGAUAUUUAAGAGCAUUAAAUAAUUGGAUAUUUUAUUAUAUUUUUUUUCUUUUUUAUC